AUGGCCUCUGAUAGAGAAGACUUUACCCUCUGUGGACCCUCACACCUCACUAAUCUUGAUUGGGCAAACGAAAAUCACCAACGUUGUGUAGCAGCUUGUUUGGUUCAAGGGAUCUACAUAGUAGAGCGUGACCGUCAGCUUCAACGUGAAGGCUCUCAAGCUCUUGCAUCUCCAUGGUGGGACUUCUUCCACUUCAAACUCAUCCGUCGCCUUAUCGACGACGCUGAUUUCUCCAUCUUCGGCGCCAUUUACGAACUCAAACCUCCACAACAAGACACCGCCGUCGACUCUAAAGCUCCCCGUUAUGUCAUAGCCUUUAGAGGGACGUUGACUAAACCUGACUCCAUAUCUCGUGACCUCGAGUUAGACAUCCACAUCAUCCGUAACGGCCUUCACCGUACAUCACGUUUCGAGAUCGCUAUGCAAGCUGUGAGAUCCAUGGCUACUUCUGUUGGAGCUUCAAACCUCUGGCUAACGGGACAUUCUAUGGGUGCAGCGAUGGCUCUUCUCGCUGGCAAAACUUUGGCAAAGACUGGAGUUUACGUCAAGUCUUUCUUGUUCAACCCUCCCUUUGUGUCUCCUCCUAUCGAGAGGAUAUCUAACGAACGUGUUAGAAGCGGGCUUAGGAUCGCCGGCAGCCUUGUUACAGCAGGACUCGCUUUCUCGAGAACCCUAAAGCAAGCACAGCAGCCUCAGCUUCAGCAGCAACUUCAAGAACGGAACUUGUCUGAAGAUCCGUUGAAGGCUUUGUCUUUGUGGCUACCUGAAGUUCAUGUGAAUCCAGGGGACCAUUUAUGUUCUGAGUACAUUGGGUUUUUCGAGCACAGAGGCAACAUGGAACAGCUUGGGUAUGGAGCUGGAAUCGUUGAGCGGAUGGCGAUGCAGCAUUCCUUGGGAGGUUUGCUGAUGGAUGCCAUGGGAGUGAGUAACGCUGUGGACGUGCAAGAGCCGGUUCACGUGAUCCCUUCUGCUAAGCUGAUAGUAAACCGGACUGCUUCUGAAGACUACAAGGAAGCUCAUGGGAUACACCAAUGGUGGAGAGAGGACCAAGAUUUGGUUUCUAACAUUUAUUUGUUCAAAUAG